AUGACCUCAUUACCUGCAUUCACAAGCCCCUACCUGCUACCCGCCCUGGUUGCUACCUGCAUGGCGCCCGCACCCAGCACGAGCUGGCAGGUGCGCGAGUUGAAGAGCUUCAGCAGGUCCGCAAGGCGUUGCACCACCUCCCCUGACAGUGACGGGAGUGCCUCCGCCACUGCCACAUACUCUCUGGUCACGGACAAGAGCGUGCAUGCACUGGUGGGUGGGAAGGAGGGAAUGAGAGGAGACCAUGCGCGCGCUUCUGCACCUGUCGCUGCCUCCCUCCGUUGCGACCCCUCCGCCCCUCCCUCACCUCCCUCCCUCCUCGAUUCCCCCUUCUCAACCCCAUCCGCCUCUACCCUCUCACCCUCCCCUCUUCCUGCUGCUACUCCCUGCCCCGUGGCACCUACUCCGCCCCCACCACCCUCCAUUCCACCCUCACCGCCGUCCCUUCUCCCUCUCUCUCCUGCCCCACUGCCUUCCCCUCUUGUGGCAUCCCCCUGCCCUUGCCCGUCACUCCUAUCACCCUCUGCUGCCUGGGAGAGCGGAGAGGGGAGAGGGAAGGUCGUGUUGUUGCCCGUCUACUUUUACCUCUCGCCCAUCAUACCUGCUUCUCACCUGGCCCCUCACCCAUCUUACCUCCCUCCACCGCUGCACCUCACCUCCCUCCACUGCUGCACCUCACCUCCCUCCACUGCUGCACCUCACCUCCCUCCACUGCUGCACCUCACCUCCCUCCACUGCUGCACCUCACCUCCCUCCACUGCUGCACCUCACCUCCCUCCACUGCUGCACCUCACCUCCCUCCACUGCUGCACCUCACCUCCCUCCACUGCUGCACCUCACCUCCCUCCACUGCUGCACCUCACCUCCCUCCACCGCUGCACCUCACCUCCCUCCACUGCUGCACCUCACCUCCCUCCACUGCUGCACCUCACCUCCCUCCACUGCUGCACCUCACCUCCCUCCACUGCUGCACCUCACCUCCCUCCACUGCUGCACCUCACCUCCCUCCACUGCUGCACCUCACCUCCCUCCACUGCUGCACCUCACCUCCCUCCACUGCUGCACCUCACCUCCCUCCACUGCUGCACCUCACCUCCCUCCACUGCUGCACCUCACCUCCCUCCACUGCUGCACCUCACCUCCCUCCACCGCUGCACCUCACCUCCCUCCACUGCUGCACCUCACCUCCCUCCACUGCUGCACCUCACCUCCCUCCACUGCUGCACCUUACCUCCCUCCACUGCUGCACCUCACCUCCCUCCACUGCUGCACCUCACCUCCCUCCACUGCUGCACCUCACCUCCCUCCACUGCUGCACCUCACCUCCCUCCACUGCUGCACCUCACCUCCCUCCACUGCUGCACCUCACCUCCCUCCACUGCUGCACCUCACCUCCCUCCACUGCUGCCUCUCACCUCCCGCGAGUGA